AGAGAAUAUUGAAUUCCUUUCAGUGAAGUUACAUUUUCGAUUUUCACUAGAAUUAUCCUUUUUUUUGGCGAAGUUUCCCCAGUCUCUGUCGUUAAUGUCUCCCAUUGCUCGGUGUCAAAAAUUAAGUUUUUGAAAAGUGAUCAUAGUUUUUUUAAUGAUUAUAAUGCAAAAGUAUGAGAAAUUAGAAAAAAUUGGGGAAGGUACCUAUGGAACUGUUUUUAAGGCAAAGAAUAGAGAAACACAAGAGAUUGUUGCUUUGAAAAGAGUCAGAUUGGAUGAUGAUGAUGAAGGUGUUCCUAGUUCUGCUUUGAGAGAAAUAUGCCUAUUAAAAGAACUCAAACACAAAAAUAUUGUGAGGUUACAUGAUGUAUUACACAGCGAGAAGAAAUUAACGCUAGUAUUUGAACACUGUGAUCAAGAUUUGAAGAAAUAUUUUGACAGUUUGAAUGGAGAAAUUGAUGCUGAUGUCGUUAAGUCUUUCAUGUUUCAACUCUUGCGAGGUCUGGCAUUUUGUCACAGUCACAACGUCCUUCAUCGUGAUCUCAAACCUCAGAAUCUGCUCAUUAAUAAAAAUGGUGAACUUAAACUAGCUGACUUUGGUUUAGCAAGAGCCUUUGGUAUUCCUGUUAGAUGCUAUUCAGCUGAAGUGGUGACCUUAUGGUAUCGUCCUCCAGAUGUCCUCUUUGGAGCAAAGCUCUAUACUACUUCAAUUGACAUGUGGUCUGCAGGAUGCAUUUUUGCUGAACUUGCCAAUGCUGGAAGACCCCUCUUUCCUGGAAGUGAUGUGGAUGACCAGCUGAAGCGGAUUUUUAAGCUUCUAGGUACUCCAACAGAAGAAACAUGGCCUGGAAUGACUCAGUUACCUGAAUACAAACCUUUUCCUCUCUAUCACCCCACCACCAGUUUUGCUCAAGUAGUGCCUAAGCUCAACUCUAAAGGCAGGGACUUGUUACAGAAACUGCUCGUGUGCAAUCCAGCCAUUCGAACUUCUGCGGAUGAAGCUAUGCAACACCUCUACUUCAGCGAUCUACCGCCAGCCAUCAAAAAUGGCUGAUUUGUUCCUGAUGUAGAGAGAGUUCCUGUUUGAAAUAAAACUGCUUUCAGGAAUAUUCGACAGAUGGAAGAAUAUAUUUCAUUAUGUUUUUCAAGUUUGUGUCGAUAAAUCAUUUUGAUUCUUGUUAAAAGAAGUAGAUGAACACAGUUAGACGGAAUGAAGUACCUUUUAAGAUUGAUUAUAAAUGAUUCUCCAAUGUUGUUUUCAUAUUUUCUAUUCAAGCAAUUCGAAUUGGACAGGUAAUACAGAUCAGAUCAAAAUGUAUGUGUGUUGAAAAAAGAACAAUAAGAACAAUUUUUUAAAACAUUCAUUAGUACACCUAAUAGAUUUUUUAUUCUAAUUAUUUUCUAUUUUUAUAGUCUUUAAUUUAUUAUUUUGAUUAUUAUAAACUUUUGAUAUCAGUUUUUUCAUUAAUUCAUUAUUAUUAAUAUCAUAUUCUUAUAUUCUACUGCAAAUUAAUUAGUUUAUAAGAAAAGUUGUUAAAUCAUUAAAACUGUGUACUCUCAUAAAGGACCCAAAGAUAUACAAAAUUUGAAAAUUUUGGUACAUUAUGCAGUGAGGGAAAAAUCGAUUAUGAAUUUUAUCAAAAACCUGUGGUUAAAGAGUACUUGAGAAUUGCAGGUUUGAUAUUAAUUUUCACCAAAGAUCCACUGUCUGCAUAGGGUCCUUUGGGUGAAAUCUCUCUGCUAAUGUGGCAUAGAAAAUUCUAGAAAGGGACCUUCAUACAUCUGAUUAGAGAAUAUUCGCGAAGAAAGGAAUAAUUAUAGAUCGAAACAGUAUAGAGUUUGUGCAUAAGCUUUUAUAAGGGCAUGUUUGGUGUUUUCAUCAUUAGCUGAUCAUUGUUCAAAAUUUACGGACUUCACGAUGAAAUGUUAGUCGUGCUGAAUUUAAUUGAAGACUUCCAUGUUUUUUAUUUAUAUGACUAUCCAAACCAAUAAAAAAGACUCGUAAACAAUCGAAGUGUGAAUUUGGACAUUGGUGUUUGAUGUAUGGUUGUUUCACCUAAUCUUUAUUAUAUAUAAUUAGAAAUUUAAUAAGAGUGAAGUACAAAGCUUACAUGCCUGGGACCAGCCACAAGUUUGUAUGCUUGAAUGACAGUGCAUUAUUAAAUUGGAAUGCAAAAAUGAAUUUUCAUUUUUUUUUUUUUUUUUUUUUUUUUUGCGAUGGCAGGUCAAAGAAGAAUGGAAAUAAUUUUACCUUUCAUAAAUUACAUCAGAGAGAAUUCAACUCCAUAUUGUAUUUUCUGCAGUUCUUAACUUUCAAGUUAUAUACACUUGGCCCCCACACUCACCGCUUACAUUUUGCCCUCUUUGCACUUCUUCUUUAUUAUUUGUCUACUAAAUUUUUAGAAUAUGAGUGAGUGCCAAUUGGAUGAAUACAGCUGGAGAGAACAUAUAUGGUUACUUAAAUUCAUCAGUAUUUUUAAAUUAAUAAUGUUCAAUAAUUUGUUGGAUCUUACGGUAUUGCUUCAUGUUAGUGGGCUGUGUAUGGACAUGCUUUUGUUCAAUGAUAAUAGAGAGAUGCAUCCUAAUAUACCUGCAGAUUUAAGGAAAAAAUUAUAUAUAUUCCACUGAGAUGAAUCAUUGGAUCAAUAUAUAUAUUUUGCAAUUGUAUUUCAGCAGCAUGUUUUGAAACAAAGAUAUUCUCAAUCUUCUUUGACAUGCCUGAGUAUUUUUUUGGUUCAUUUAGUUUUUACUUUUUGAAAACAUUUGUUCAAACCCUUCUAUCAGAAGUUUUAUAAAAAUGUUCAGAGUUUACCCCUUUCCAGUUGCAAAAAAGUUUUUGCAACCUCAUCUAGUCAUUAAGAAUUUUAUUACAAUCCUUGUUGAGAUAUUAUGUUAUUCCAGUAAAAUGCAAAAAUCAAUCUAUCUUUUGCAAAAUGAAUCUAUCAAAUGAUUUUGUAAUAUUGUGCAUUAUUGAACAGUGCUGAGUAAUAAUGAUCAGCACUAUACAAUAUGGCAGCAUUACAUGUUGGGUAGUAGUGAAGAAAAGCAAAAUGAAUUCAUUCUGAAUCAAUGAGUAAAAUGUUAUCACUUGGGAUUUUUUAAGUCUUGAAAUGGAAAGAGGAGGAUUAAAUGAGCUAUUUCCUCUUCAUUUUUAAAAUCUGGCAGUUCUUUUCUCUCUCUUUUAGUGGUGGAUUCAUGGACACCACACACACAACUCAUUACACCUAAUGCAACACUUAAUGACAUCCUGUGGUAAGAGGACAUCAUAGAGAAAUUUAUUUUUAUAAAUCUAAAUGUGUUUGGUGAAGAAUAAAUUGAAGAAUACACUAAACUGAAGAAACACAAUGGUUUUAAUUUAAAUUGUAUAUCCGAUAAAACUGUUCAUUUCCACAAUUUUUUUUAUUAUUUGUUUUAAAUGAUUAUGUAUAAAAUAUGUUGUUGUGGAAUGUAACUGUUCCAUUACCAUUCUAACUUGUAAACUGCUUAUGACUUUAUUGAGUCAAAUUUUUGCUUUGUGCUCACAUCUUAUGAUUAUCUUCUUUUGUUCCCUAAUUUUGUUUUUUUUUCCCCUUUUGUUCUCUUUGAAUCAACAUUUGAUGCCUUUCAUGUCCGUUACUUUGGUUUGUUGUACUUUCAAUUUGUGAUCAAUGAAAUCAACUCUUUGUGGUAAAAUCAUUAUCAGAAUGAUAUAAAGCUUUGCUUAAAUUGUAUCAUAUGAAAUGUAUAAUUGUAAAGUCUUCUCGAGUUGAAAAGAACUUGUAAAAAAUGUAUCUUCUAGUUUAAAAGUGUGUUAUAAAGAUGUAUUAUGAAAGAAAUGUGGAAUUUUUUUUCUGUUAUGAGAACUUGUAAAAUAUUUUUA